AUGGUCUCCAACAAAGCCCUCAUCUACAAAAAACUGCCCACCCACAACCCUCUGGUGGGCGAGCACAUCCAAGUCGAGCCCCAACCCGACUUUGAUUUGAGUCAGCAUGUCCCCUCGGGAUCCGCAAUCAUAAAGGGCCUCUACUUCAGCUGCGACCCUUAUAUGAGAGGACGGAUGCGCGCGCCCACGCGCACCAGUUACUCGCCUCCCUUCGAAAUCGGGAAACCCAUCAACGCCUAUGCGCUUGUUCAAGUGCUGCGACUGGCUGACGGCGAGGAUAGCGUCACCACACCCACGGGCGUAACGUACGGUAAAGGCGAUAUAUUGUACGGCCUUUUCGAUAUUGCGGAAUACAGCCUCGUCGGCAAAGAGUGGCUUCAGCAUCCGUACGUCAACAAGGUUGAGAAUCCACACAAUCUGCCUCUCUCAAAUUUCCUCAGUGUGAUGGGUAUGACCGGUUUGACUGCUUAUUCGAGUUUGUAUGAGAUCGGUCAGCCCAAAAAGGGAGAGACGAUUUUUAUAUCCUCCGCGGCCGGCGCGGUGGGACAGAUCGUUGGGCAGAUCGCAAAGAGAGAAGGGCUCAGGGUCAUUGGGAGUGUGGGCGAUGAUGCCAAGUUAGAUUUUAUCGUGAAUGAGUUGGGUUUUGAUGGCGGGKUUAAUUAUAAGAAGGAGAACUCUGCGUUGGAGGCGCUGCAGAGACUUGCGCCGGAUGGAGUGGAUAUCUAUUAUGAGAAUGUGGGAGGCGAGCAGUUAUCUGCUGCGAUUGAGUGCAUGAAUGUGUUUGGACGCAUUGUUGCGUCUGGCAUGGUGUCGCAGUAUAGUGUACCACCUGAAAACCGAUACGGCAUCAAGAACCUUACGCACAUCGUCCCCAAACGGAUUCGAUUCCAGGGGUUUUUGGUUAAUGAUGCAGACUUUGGACCUAAAUAUGUCAAGGAGAGAAACGAGCGUGUGCCACAGUGGCUUGUUGAGGGCAGUAUCAAGACCAAGGAACACAUCGACAAUGGAAUCGACUCGGCCGGAACAGCUUUUGUGAAUAUGUUGGAAGGAAAGAACUUCGGCAAAGCUAUUAUCCAUAUCGCUGAUCCAGAGUAG